GUCUUGGGCUAGCAUGGGUAGCCGAAAUGGUAUUCGAAUUACUGAUAUUCAUCCUCAUAGUGUACAGGAUUUGCAAAACUAAAGGUUUGCUGAGGUUAUCUCUAGUCACCAGGAGAAAUAUCAUCAAUAUCAUAUUUCACGAUGGUGCGAUGUAUUUCGGAGCGAUGAUGCUUGUUAACAUACCGAACAUCCUGACGUACUACUCUGGUUCAGUUGCUAUUAGAGGCAGUCUCUCCACGUUGACUAGCUGCUUGUCCGUUACUCUCAUCUCUCGUCUGAUGCUUAAUCUACACAAAUCUAUCAAUACUGGCAUUUGCUCCAUCCCUGCCCAGGACGAAGGCCCCAGCCUCGCUGUCUUUACCACCAGGAUCAACCUACAGUCCGCGAUUUCCACUUACCAUUGGUAGGUUGGCAUUGGAUUCUAUUUCUGGAUGCGAAGGUGCGGGGAUACUUGGUGGGAGCGAAAAGCUGUUCUUGUAUCCAUUUUCUUGAAUGCAGGAGUGGGCGACGCUGCACCCGCGCUAGCAACUACGCGUCUCAGAUAUAAUACCAUUUUUGAGCAUAGACAGUAUAUUCAUUAUACUUAUUAUUUUCCAAUCAUCAUGUGUUCGUCCGUGAUCA